AUGGCAUGUUCAGGAAUUCAACCAUCUGUCGCUGGCGAAGAUGACGAGUGGCAGAAACUUUUACAACAAGACGGCGCAAGAAAAGAAAACAGCGUUUUGAUCGACACGAUCCCAUUCGAGCCUAUCUGGAUCUACAAGAUGUUGGCUGAUUUUCGGUCGGACCUGAUUGAGGACAGGCAGGAAGACGCAGAAGAGUUCCUCGGAUUCCUACUGAACGGCCUCAACGACGAGAUGUUCGAAUUGAUGAAACAAGUUUUGGAUUUGGAGAAUACUUGCAGUGUUUCAAAAAGUACAGUCUUCGAAAAGACGCCAAUACACGCUAUUUUGGCGGCCAGUUGA